AUGUCUGAAGAAGAAGAAGGAGAUCUUCCGACAGACAGCGAGGAAAGUGUCUAUUCUGGACUGGAAGAUUCUGGAAGUGACAGCCUUACAGAAGAGGAGGAAGACCAGGAUCAUGGAGCUGAGGAGAAGUCAAAAGAGGGAUUGUGCUCCAGAAAUACUCAAGCUGGAGAAGCAACAGAGCUGGGUCCUAACAUCAGGAGCACAGCAACCCCUCAGCAAGAGCCUCCCGUGCAGAAUGAGUACGAGCAAGACAGCUCCGAUGAGGAGGACAUCCGCAACACGGUGGGCAACAUCCCCAUGGAGUGGUACCAGGACUUCCCCCACAUCGGCUACAACCUGGAGGGCAGGCCGAUUUACAAGCCCAUCCGCUCCAAGGACGAGCUGGACAAGUUCCUGGAGAAGAUGGAGAGCCCCGACUACUGGCGAACGGUCCAGGACAAGAUGACCGGGGCGGAUGUGAAGCUGACAGACGAGCAAGUGGAGCUGGUGAACCGUCUGCAGAGCGCCCAGUUUGGGGACGUGAAUUUCAACCCUUACGAGCCGUCCGUGGAUUUCUUCAGCAGCCAGGUCAGGAUCCACCCAGUGACAAACCGGCCUGCGGACAAGCGGAGCUUCAUCCCUUCCUUGCUGGAGAAGGAGAAGGUCUCCAGACUGGUCCACGCCAUCAAGAUGGGCUGGAUCCAGCCCAGGAGGCCCCGGGAGGACACGGGGGUCUUCUACGACCUUUGGGCCCAGGAGGACCACAACUCCAUCCUGGGACGGCACAAGAUGCACGUGCCCGCCCCCAAGCUCCCCCUGCCCGGGCACCAGGAGUCCUACAACCCUCCUCCGGAGUAUCUGCUGACCGAGGAAGAGAAACUCGCCUGGGAGCAGCAGGAGCCCGAGGAGCGCAAGCUGAGCUUCGUGCCCCAGCGCCACGACUGCCUGCGCCGAGUGCCCGCCUUCCCUCGCUUCAUCCACCAGCGCUUUGAGCGCUGCCUCGACCUCUACCUGUGCCCCCGCCAGAGGAAGAUGCGGGUCAGCGUGGACCCCGAGGACCUGAUCCCCAGGCUGCCCAAGCCGCAGGACCUGAAGCCCUUCCCAACCGCCCAGGCCUUGGUGUAUCGUGGCCACACCAGCCUUGUGCGCUGCAUCAGCCUCUCUCCCACUGGGCAGUGGUUGGCAUCAGGUUCAGACGAUGGCGCGGUGAAGUUCUGGGAGGUGUGCACGGCCCGGUGCGUGAAGACGCUCCCAGUGCAAGCAGCGGUGAAGAGCAUCUCCUGGAACCCCAACCCCACCAUCUGUCUGGUGGCCGUGGCUGUGGAGCAGACGGUGCUGCUGGUGAACCCCAGCCUCGGGGACAAGCUGCUCUGUGGGGCCACCGACCAACUUCUGGAAGGCUACGUGGCCCCUGAGGAAGGCCGUCUGCAGCCCGUCACGUGGGAGGAGGCCACGGAGGAGGAGCACCGCCUGGGUGUGCGGCUCAGGCUGAGGUUUGGGAAGCCCCUGAAGCAGGUCACCUGGCACGGGAAGGGCGACUACUUUGCCACGGUGGUGUCGGACAACAGCCACCUGCAGGUGCUGAUCCACCAAGCCAGCAAGCGCUGGAGCCAGGCGCCCUUCCGCCGCAGCAAGGGCCAGGUGCAGCGCGUCCUCUUCCACCCGCUGCGGCCCUUCUUCUUCGUGGCCACCCAGCGCUUCGUCCGCAUCUACCACCUGCUCAAGCAGGAGCUGACCAAGAAGCUGCUCACCAACUGCAAGUGGGUCUCCAGCAUGGCCGCCCACCCCGGAGGCGACAACUUGAUCUGCGGCAGCUACGACAGCAAGCUCGUCUGGUUUGACCUGGACCUCUCCACCAAGCCUUACCGGGUGCUCAGGCACCACAAGGCGGCCCUGAGGUCAGUGGCUUUCCACCCUUCCUACCCGCUUUUUGCCUCUGGCUCGGAUGACGGCAGCGUGAUUGUGUGCCACGGCAUGGUCUACAACGACCUGCUCCAGAACCCGCUGCUUGUGCCAGUGAAGGUGCUGAGGGGCCACGCGCCAGCCCACGACCUGGGCGUCCUUGACGUCCUCUUCCACCCCACGCAGCCGUGGCUUUUCUCUGCGGGCGCAGACGCCACCGUCCGGCUCUUCACGUAGCCCUGCGCCCGGCUCCAAACAGACUUGGCAGGAGAGCGGAAGCCGGGGGUGCCAGACGCUCCGUG